AUGGCGCAGGCUUCGUUUCACUUUAUUUACAGUCAACGAGAAGCGACCAAUCACAUGCCGAUACGUCACAAGAAGGCGACUCCAAACGCUGUGCCUGUUUCAGUGUUGUAUACUUUUCAACUUCUACAACCUGUGCCACUGUACAUAGGGUUUACAUUGCAGUUUGUGAUACAACGCGCUCGAACUGUCGUAGAUAACACUGGAUUAAAGAUAAUUGUCUGCAGUCGUGAGUGUUUUAGCACGUUGGUUAAAUCAAACAUGUCUGGACACGGUCACGGCCACGGUGGGCAUAGUCACGGUUGUUGCGAAUGCGAGCACGAGCCAGCUGAGCGGGGAGUGGAAUAUGAGCUGUACAAACGGAUUGACAUCGAGAAGCUUCAGUGCUUGAAUGAAAGCCGAGAUGGAGACGGUAAACUUGUUUUCAAGCCAUGGGAUCAACGCACUGACAGGACGAAGUUUGUUGAAAGUGAUGCUGAUGAGGAACUUCUGUUCAAUAUACCGUUUACAGGUAAUGUGAAGCUGAAAGGAAUCAUCAUUUCUGGAGAAGAUGAUGAGUCACACCCAGCUGAAAUUAGACUAUUCAAGAACAUACCCCAGAUGUCAUUUGAUGACACAAGCAGAGAACCAGAUCAAGCAUUUCGCCUUAACAGGGAUCCUUUGGCUGAACUGGAGUAUCCAACAAAAAUUGCCAGAUUCUCCAAUGUGCAGCAGUUAUCUAUUCACAUAUCUCAUAACUUUGGGGCUGAAUCCACUCGUGUGUAUUAUAUUGGACUACGUGGAGAGUAUUCAGAGGCUUACAGACAUGAAGUUACAAUCUGUAACUAUGAAGCAGCAGCCAACCCAGCAGAUCACAAAGUGGAGACUAUUACCCCGCAGACACAGUUCAUAUCAUGACAAAUAAAGAAGAGGGAAUCUCAUGCUUUUUCUGUGAAACAAUAAAAGUGUGCAUGAGUUUUGAUAAGAGUGAACUAAGAGGGCUUUAUUGGCUAAAUUUGCUUUGAUUUGAUUAACAGGAAUUUGUGUAUUAACGAGUGUUUGUUCACCUGCACUUCUGCUAAUGUGCCAAUAAACAUAUACGCACUUA